GAAAAAAAAAAAAAAAAAAAGACAGCACCAAGACAAAACGGUUAUUCGUCGGUCUUCGUACGCGAGAGGCUUCACUUGCCGUGCGCUUCAAAAACGCGUUUGUUUGUGCAGGAGGUCGUGGUUUGAGUCCACUUGAGUCAAAGCGCGGCGUCCGUGAUAGAAGCGAAGAUGCUGCGGUUCGUGUUGGUUCUUGCUCUGGUGUGUGGGUGUCACGCGUCGGACAGUCCCCUGCCUCGUUGUUCCGACGAGGUGUGUCGCAGGGAUCCGCACUGCGUGUAUCACAGGGGCCAGUCGGUUUGCUGGGACGUCAAGAGUGAAGCUGACGAAGGCGACAUAUGCAGGUGUUGUCAGAACUGCAUUGCAGGUACCAACGUAUUCAUCGACGAAGAAUGCCACUUGAAUAUUCGAAGUUGCCAGACUGCUGACUGCCCGAAGGUCAAAUGUCGCUACAACUCGUAUAUUCCGAUUUGUAGUUGCUGUCAGAACUGCAUCCCCAGAGAUUGCAAGCCCGAAGACCGCGAUGAAUACUGGCCCAACUGCGCAGCUGUGCGCUGCGCCGCGUGCCCGCGGGGAACGACGUCCACCAGCAGUCCAUGCAAAUGCUGCAACACCUGCGACGAACCGCAAUCCUAAGAGCCACGUGCCCGUUGCACAAAUAAAUUUCUAAUCUUUUA